GCAUCCCUGCUUCCAUUCCUGCCGGGAACCUUGUGGCCCGGCGCCAGCAACCGGGGAGGGGAGGGAGCGGUGCCGCUGCGGUCCGCAGGGUGGGGCGCCCCCCUCCCCAAGCAGCCGGGCUCCAGCCCGCCUCAGGCCAGGAGGAGGAGCUGUCUGGCCCCCACCCCACCCCCACCCCGAGACCGCAAGGCUAUAAAGCCCCUCGCAGCGUCCGGGGCUCCUUCGCGCCCCGGCCCAGCCCUUCCAGCGCAGACCGCUGUCCUCGUCCUCGGCCGGCCAACAUGAGCCACCACCCGUCGGGCCUCCGGGCCAGCGUGAGCGCCACCUCGUACCGCCGCACCUUCGGGCCCCCGCCCUCCCUGUCCCCCGGGGCCUUCUCCUACUCGUCCAGCUCGCGCUUCUCCGGCAGCCGCCUGCUGGGGUCGGCGUCCCCGAGCUCCUCCGUGCGCCUGGGCAGCUUCCGCGCCCCUCGGGCGGGGGUCCUGCGCCUGCCCUCAGAGCGCCUCGACUUCUCCAUGGCCGAGGCCCUCAACCAGGAGUUCCUGGCCACGCGCAGCAACGAGAAGCAGGAGCUACAGGAGCUCAACGACCGCUUCGCCAACUUCAUCGAGAAGGUGCGCUUCCUGGAGCAGCAGAACGCGGCCCUGCGCGGCGAGCUGAGCCAGGCCCGGGGCCAGGAGCCGGCGCGCGCCGACCAGCUGUGCCAGCAGGAGCUGCGUGAGCUGCGGCGGGAGCUGGAGCUGCUGGGCCGCGAGCGCGACCGGGUGCAAGUGGAGCGCGACGGGCUGGCCGAGGACCUGGCGGCGCUCAAGCAGAGGCUGGAGGAGGAAACUCGCAAGCGGGAGGAUGCGGAGCACAACCUCGUGCUCUUCCGUAAGGAUGUGGACGACGCCACCCUGUCCCGUCUGGAACUGGAGCGCAAGAUUGAGUCCCUGAUGGAUGAAAUUGAGUUUCUCAAGAAGCUGCAUGAUGAGGAGCUUCAAGACCUGCAGGUGAGCGUGGAGAGUCAGCAGGUGCAGCACGUGGAGGUCGAGUCGACUGUGAAGCCAGAGCUGACGGCGGCGCUGAGGGACAUCCGCGCGCAAUACGAGAGCAUCGCGGCGAAGAACCUGCAGGAGGCCGAGGAGUGGUACAAGUCCAAGUACGCGGACCUCUCGGAUGCCGCCAACCGGAACCACGAGGCCCUGCGCCAGGCCAAGCAGGAGAUGAACGAGUCUCGACGGCAGAUCCAGAGUCUGACGUGCGAGGUGGAUGGGCUGCGCGGCACGAACGAGGCUCUGCUCCGGCAGCUGCGGGAGCUGGAGGAGCAGUUCGCCCUGGAGGCGGGCGGGUACCAGGCCGGCGCCGCGCGGCUCGAGGAGGAGCUGCGCCAGCUCAAGGAGGAGAUGGCUCGGCAUCUGCGCGAGUACCAGGAACUCCUCAACGUCAAGAUGGCCCUGGACAUCGAGAUCGCCACCUACCGGAAGCUGCUAGAGGGCGAGGAGAGCCGGAUCUCCGUGCCCGUCCAUUCCUUUGCCUCCUUAAGUAUAAAGACGUCUGUGCCUGAGGUGGAGCCAGCCCAGGACAGCCACAGCCGGAAGAUGGUUCUGAUUAGGACCAUAGAGACCCGGGAUGGAGAGCAGGUUGUGACGGAGUCUCAAAAGGAACAGCACAGUGAGCUGGACAAGUCUACUCACAGCUACUGAAUCCCUUGGUUGCCCUAGGCCUACUGUAAGCCCAAAGCCUCUCACCCAUUCUGAAUUGGUCUCCCUUCCCUCCCACUGCAUGUGUCUAGGGGAUGGCACCAGGCCCCCCUCCCUGGCCCAUGGCCAAGUAGCCAGCCCCCUCCCUACUCUAACACACAGAUGUGACCUAUAUGCUUUCCUUUGUUCCCCAAUAAAGAGGACUGUAACUCCCAGGACAAGUCUGCUGUGGCCAUGAUCCCUUGAUCUGUAGGGUGGGCCAGGGUCUGAGGUUCGAUUUGAAGUCAAAUAAAACUGCUGUG